CAUUUAGUGUAGUAGCUCUUUGGUCACGCUUAGUAUAUGUACUAAUCGGUAAUCGUUUGAUUUAGCUAGUUACUUGUGGUCACUACUUACGAUUUGAUUGGAUUGGAGUAGUGUGAUGAAUGAAGAAGAUAAUAGAAACAACAAUUGUUAUGGUCCCCAUUCUUUGAUUAAAGUGAAUUGUUGCUGGCUGGCACAGGCAGGACAAUAUAAAAUUGGCGUCUGUGAAACUAGCAAUGAAGUAUAUGAAGAGAGUAUCUGCAGAGCUUGAAGCCAAACUCUUAAUAAAUCUGUUUAUUUGUUGUAUGUUUAGUUCACAGGAGGAUUUGAUGCAGAGACAAACUUGUAUAUAUUCAAGAAGCUGCUUCAACUUCAGUUCUGUCCAAACGGUGGCGCCAUCUUCUUCCUUUCGUAUUUUGACGAGCAAGAGUUUGGUUAGGCUGAGAGAAUCUGGUACAGAUGAGUUCACUAUUAUUGAUGUCGUUGAAGUUUCUCUUUCUCUUCCGAAGCUUAAGACUUUGCAUAUGAAUGAUGUUGGGUUUGCUGAUGAGAGUGGUGCUGCAUUUGCCAAGCUAGUUUCUUCUUGUCACGCGCUUGAGGAGUUGGUUAUGGAUAAAAUAAUGUGGGACUUUCGGGGUUCUUGCUCUGACUCCAACUCAAGUCUCAAGAGAGUGACAAUCUAUUCUGAGAACAUUGAUGAUGAGGAUCCAAAGAGUGUGUCUCUUUCAGCACUCCCAAUCUCAUCUCUUUAGAAUUUAGUGACAUUGUUGCGGUUAAGUAUCCCAAAGUGAGCUUUGAUUCAUUAGAAUGAGACCUGAUCAGGUCUUCAGGGAAUGCAUUAUGGAGAUACAAAUCAAUGUUAAGAUGAUAGAUACGGUUUCAAGGAAACAAACAAAUGUUGGGAUGGUGAUGGAGAUAGAUGCAAAUGCAAUCCUUGGGAAGAAGUGAUGUUGAAGAAGUGAUGUUGUACUAUGAUUCUACCACUAAUGGUGACCUGGAAAUAGUAUCAAGAGGAUUUCAGAAGCUUGAAAAAGUAGCCUCAACCAAAUGCAAGAUCCAAGUAAUCUUUGAUGAAAUUAGCUUCUCAUCUACUGUAUACUCCACUUCAUCAACGGUUGGACUUGUUUUCUUUAAAAACACCUUCCUAGUUGAAGACAAGAUUAGUUAGUUUUAGUCUUGUGACUUGUCUCUGCUCUCUCAGCUUCAUGAUAUGUACUUUUUUGUCAUUUAUUUGGUGAUAUCUUAUCGUUCGUAGCUCAAAAAGACUUUUUCGAAU